AUGAAGUUCCUCAACCUCGGCCUCGUCGCCAUCUCCUCCCUCUUCGCCACCUCACUCGCGGCGCCCGCCAUCCACGGCCUCCCCACCGACGUCACCGAUGUCUCCAAGGUCCCCGUCGUCCACGUCCCCAUUGCCCCGGAGACCGACGUCCUCGACAAGCGCACUGAGGUCAUCUACACCAAGGUCCAGUACACCAUCGUCGAGGUCAAGAAGCACUGCUCCACCAUCAACUCCACUGUCGAUGGCGUCACCAAGGGCCAGAUCGCUCAGAAGAAGGCCGACAUCAUCAAGCUCGUCAAGAGCGAGGUCACCAUCAUCGUCAGCCUGAUCCACUCCCUCGUCGGCGACGUUGUCGAGCUCCUUGGCGAGACUGUCGAGAUUGUCGGUGAGGAGAAGGAGCAGAUCAUCUCCUGCGUUCUUGAGCUCAUCUUUGAGAUCAUCUACUGCCUGAAGCAUGUCAUCGCCAUUCUUGGAUGCAGCAUCUUCGAGCUCCUCGGCCCCAUCGUCUUCGUCCUCCUCACUGUCGUCUUCCACCUCCUCUGCUCCCUCAACGGCCUCAUCGAGGGUCUCUUGGAGCUCGUCUGCUCCGUCCUCGGCGGUGUCAUCGGCCUCCUCCUCGAGGUCCUUGCCGGCCUUCUGCCCAUCGUCCUUGGCCUCGUCGGAGGUAUCCUCAAGGCCAUCAACCUUAGUGGCCUUCUCUGCAGCGUCGGCAGCAUCCUCUGA